UCAGUGCAGUCGGUCUGGUCCACAUAGCGCCAUGUAUCUCAGCUCUGUCAGAACCCUGAGCAGGUUGUCCUGCAGCCUGUACGCCCUACCGCGCCGUCUUUCUCUUAAAAGCCACCGCCUGAUACCUGCACUACAGCCCAGCUGCUCCAGAAUGGCAAGUUCAGAGUCCUACAGAAUUGAGAAAGACACGUUCGGGGAGCUGAAGGUGCCGAGCGAUAAAUACUAUGGAGCUCAAACCGUCCGGUCCACCAUGAACUUCAAGAUCGGAGGAGUGACAGAGAGGAUGCCGAUCCAGGUGAUUAAGGCGUUUGGGAUUCUUAAGAGAGCGGCGGCUGAGGUGAAUCAGGACUACGGUCUGGAUCCGAAGAUCGCCGCUGCUAUUGUACAGGCUGCAGAUGAGGUAAGCGCUGGUAAACUGGACGAGCACUUUCCACUGGUGGUGUGGCAGACGGGCUCGGGAACUCAGACCAACAUGAACGUCAACGAGGUGAUCAGCAACAGGGCCAUCGAGAUCCUCGGGGGCAAGCUGGGCAGCAAAGACCCCGUCCAUCCCAACGACCACGUCAACAAGAGUCAGAGCUCCAACGACACCUUCCCCACUGCCAUGCACAUCGCUGCAGCUAAAGAGGUGCACGAGGUGUUGCUGCCCGGCCUGCAGACGCUCCAUGAUGCCCUCGCCGCCAAGGCUGAGGAGUUUAAGGACAUCAUAAAGAUCGGUCGGACUCACACACAGGACGCCGUACCCCUCUCCCUUGGACAGGAGUUUGGAGGUUAUGUGCAGCAGGUGAAGUACAGUAUUGCGCGAGUAAAGGCAGCGAUGCCCAGAGUUUACGAGCUGGCAGCAGGCGGCACCGCAGUGGGCACCGGACUGAACACUCGUAUCGGCUUUGCUGAGAAAGUGGCCGAUAAAGUCUCAGCUCUCACAGGUCUCCCGUUCGUGACGGCACCAAACAAGUUCGAGGCGCUGGCAGCCCACGAUGCCCUGGUGGAGCUGAGCGGCGCUCUGAACACAGUAGCCGUGAGCAUGAUGAAAAUCGCCAACGACAUCCGCUUCCUGGGUUCAGGGCCACGUUCGGGACUCGGAGAGCUCAUCCUGCCCGAGAACGAACCGGGCUCCAGCAUCAUGCCCGGUAAAGUCAACCCCACACAGUGUGAAGCCAUGACCAUGGUGGCUGCCCAGGUGAUGGGAAACCACGUAGCCGUCACGGUGGGAGGCAGCAACGGCCACUUUGAGCUCAACGUGUUCAAGCCCAUGAUUAUUAAGAACGUGCUCAACUCGGCCCGGUUGCUCGGCGACGCUUCGGUCUCCUUCACUGAUAACUGUGUGGUCGGGAUCAAACCCAACACGGAACGCAUCAACAAACUGAUGAACGAGUCUCUGAUGCUGGUCACCGCCCUCAACCCUCACAUAGGUUAUGACAAAGCUGCUACCAUUGCCAAAACUGCACACAAAGAGGGCUCGACGUUGAAAGCGGUCGCCAUCAAGCUGGGUUAUUUGACCGAGGAGCAGUUCGACCAGUGGGUGCGUCCUCAGGAGAUGCUCGGCCCUAAGUAAACGAUUACCAUCCGAAUAUGUGGAAAAAAUGUAUGCAAUUGUGACUUUGUACAAUAAAACAGUGUUUUUGUUUCA